AUGGAAACCGCUUCAUUAUUCAAUAUAUUUCUUUUUAGGAAAGGGUGGGUUCGAUUGUGGGGAACGCGCGUAAGUUCACUUAUAAUAGUCCGGUUAGUUUAUUGUUGGUUGGAGACACCUUCACAAAAUAGCAUAGAAGCUGCAAUGACUUUGGGUUCGAGCAGAAUGUUAAGCUCGAAGCAACUGAUAGAGAACCUAAUAAGGUACAAUUUUCAUAAGACACCAUACACACGGAGCUCAGUAUGGCCUUUUAAGAGAAAUUCGGCGGUAAUUAUACUAUUGUUUAUUGGCAUGAAAGGUGAAUUACGAGUGCUUUUAACUAAGCGUUCAAGGUCAUUGAGGAGCUUCUCAGGUGAUGUUUCUUUUCCUGGAGGCAAGGCUGAUUCUAUUCAGGAAACAUUUGAAAGCGUAGCCAGGAGAGAAGCUGAGGAGGAGAUUGGGUUACCACAUGAUUCUGAGAUCUUGCAUAAGGAGUUCGGAAUGAGAUUAGACAACUUAGUGAUGGAUAUGCCAUGCUAUCUGUCAAGAACCUUCUUGAGUGUUAAGCCAAUGGUGUGUUUUCUUUACAAAGAUAAGUUAGAAAAAAACGAGGAUAAAUAUAAAGUUCCUUUAGACAUCCGUAAGUUUUUUGGUAAAUUAAACCCUGGAGAAACAUCUUCCCUAUUCUCUGUGCCACUCAACGAUCUAACUGUACAUUUAUUAUCUAAAGAUGAUGAGGAAGUUCAGAAUUAUCGAACUGAAUAUUUUGAGCGGAGAGAAUAUAAGCUUAAUUGGGGUGGAAUAAAGUGGUUAAUCAUGCAUUAUCAUUUCCACGUAGCAAAUAAUAAUGAAAUGCCAUGGUUGCAAAUCAUAGAAGAUUUAUCAAGUUCAGAUGAAGAUGGCAUAGAUGACGCAAUAUUAAAGUUUAGGGACCUCUGGGGGCUGACAUGUAAAAUGUUAUUUGACGUUUCAUGUAUAGCCAACGGAUUAAUGGAUGAAAAGUCGAAAAAGGAAUUAGGACACGAGGAUUUGAUAGUUGGACUGCACGAUUAUGGCAAUCAGAUGCAACCGAACGGAAGAAGUGAGUGGGAAAUAGGAAUGAUCAAUGGUGACAAACAACUAAAAUACAGCGAUGUGAUACCUAAAUACUAUAUGAAAACCCUGCGAGGCUGUCGGUCGCUAUGGUAA